UUGAGUGGCGGCUCCGCCGCCGAGAAAGACGCUCUAUCCUCGUCACCGGGAAGCCUCUUGUUACAGCCGUUUCUAUGGACACGCCAGAGGCCUACUCCCGUUUGAAAGGCCUGUUUUCAGGUGAAACUGCCGGGUGACCGAAAAAAGGGACCCUGCUGCUGGAUACAUCUGGGGAGCGGGGUCCCUGAUCAACUCUCUAUUGUAUUCAGAUAGCUGUGUACAGUGCAUGUAACAAAGUUACUAUGAACAUCGGCUUCCAUGAGAUGUGACUGAUCUUUAGUGUUUCCGUGAAAUUUUUUGGAAACCCUACAAUGAUGACUCCACAGGUGUCCGCUAAAACAAUGGCUAACAGUCAGCUAUGCAUUCGCCGUUGGACUACGAAACAUGUCGCAAAGUGGCUAAGAGAAGAAGGCUUUUGUGACUAUGUAGAUAUUCUGUGCAACAAGCAUCGUCUAGAUGGCACAGCGAUGUUGGCAUUAACAGAGUAUGAUUUGCGCUCUCCACCACUGGAAAUUAAAGUGCUUGGGGAUAUCAAACGCCUUAUGCUUUCUAUCCGUAAACUCCAAAAACAGCAUGCCAGUGUUCUAGAAGAGUUGGGGUUAAGCAACGAGCCAGCACCAGGAACCCUCAGCAUUUGUUCCCCAGCAAGUCCUGACUGGCUAUGUAAUGGAGACCUUGCAAAAGACUUUGAACAUGGAACAGAUUCUAGUGUAGAACCACACCAAUACUCUAAUGGGAAAAACAAACCUUUACCAAAGCGACUGGACCCGGAGUACUGGAAGACUGCUAUCAGCUGUGUUUAUGUUUUUCUAGUUUUUGGUUUUACCUCCUUUGUCAUGGUUAUUGUACAUGAGCGAGUUCCUGACAUGCAAACGUACCCACCUCUGCCAGACAUCUUCCUAGACAGUGUCCCUCGAAUUCCUUGGGCCUUUGCAAUGACUGAGAUGUGUGGCAUGGUUCUUUGUUAUAUCUGGUUGCUCGUAUUACUUCUCCACAAACACAGGUCUAUCCUUUUACGCCGACUUUGUAGCUUGAUGGGGACUGUCUUUCUUUUGCGGUGUGUCACCAUGUUUGUUACAUCAUUGUCUGUUCCUGGUGAACAUUUGCAGUGUUCAGGAAAGCUCUACGAUAAUAUGUGGGCAAAGCUUCAGCGUGCCUUUGCAAUCUGGAGUGGAUUUGGCAUGACACUAACCGGAGUGCACACGUGUGGAGACUACAUGUUCAGUGGUCAUACUGUAGUACUCACCAUGCUGAACUUUUUUGUCACUGAAUACACUCCUCGAAACUGGAACUUCCUACAUACUCUUUCCUGGGUCCUCAACCUGUUUGGCAUUUUCUUCAUUUUGGCUGCUCAUGAACAUUACUCCAUUGAUGUCUUCAUUGCAUUUUACAUCACCACAAGACUCUUCCUCUAUUACCACACUUUGGCCAAUACACGUGCAUACCAACACAGCCGACGGGCUCGAAUCUGGUUUCCUAUGUUCUCCUUCUUUGAAUGCAAUGUUAAAGGACCUGUUCCUAAUGAGUACUGCUGGCCUUUCUCUAGGCCUGUGUUUUUAAAGAACUUAUUCAAUUAAUUUAAUUUGCUCUUGCAAAAAAAUUACCAAGGAUUGAAAAUAAAAAUAUUAUACCCACGAAAGAUGACCUUUAGUUUGAAGCUGUAGAGUUUUUUUCUUUUGUUGAGCCGACUAGAAAACUAUGCGUGUGGAUACUUGGAAGCAUGAAGCAGUCAUAUUGGCUGUAGAACUUUACCUUAUACUAGGUGAAUAUUAUUCAUGUACUAAGUUUAGAGGGAUUGCAUAUUAGCAUAAAUGCAUCCAUCUCUCACAGUAUUCAGAUAAUUUACCAGUGAACAUAAAACAGUAUAAAAACCUUAUGAGUAUACUUAUCAAUCAAGUUUUAGAAUAUGCCACAAAUCUGUGAAAUGUUGGAACCCCACUCCCCCAAACCUGUUGAAAAUUGGUAUAAUAGAUGUCAUAUUGAUAAAAAAUAAAAAAAUGCAGAUGUUGGCUGGCAUUCGCGCCAAGACCUGGUUCACAUUUCCAUGCCCAUUGGCGUCCAUAGAAAAGCCAUCCUUGAGGAAUCAGUGUUUGGUCCGUGUGUCAGUUUUUUGCCCUCCUUGUGUCAUCUAUAUUCCAUGGACACCGCUCAGCUGAAAAUUAAUUCCCGGAUAGUCUUCAACCAAUGGUUUGUGCAGAAACACUGAUAGAACACAGAUGCCAUCCGUGUUGUCAGUGGUUUUUCAUGGAUCCAUAGACUUCAAUGGGCGUGUUUGGUCCGCAUCACAGAUCAAAGUAGUGCAUGUAUCUGUGAUUUCUUCCAAUGACCCACUGAUGUGGGAAUAAACAUAUUAAAAUCAAUAGGUAUAUGUGCUGUGCGUGGAAAAUGCAGAUAGUACAUGUCCAUGAAAAACAAAAAUGUGAAUGAGGCCUAAGUC